GGGCAAUCUGGUAACUUAGUCUUCCACUUUCCCGCGCCGCGACCUUCAAAAACGGCCUCUUCCCUUCCCUCCCGACCAUAUGCAUCGUCAAUAAUCAGACGCCGUCCGGCAUGGAAAUCAGCAUAGUCUUCGUCCUCUCAGCUCUUCUGCUCACAACCGCAACUCCGGAAUCUCCGGCGUCUACUUCCAGUUGCUCCGAUGAUUUAGUUCUGUUCUCGACGUGCUUGCCGUUCAUCUCCUCUUUUCCAAACAACGUCACUAACUCGCCAUCGCGCCGUUGUUGCGAUGAAAUCGCCUCUGCGAUGGAAUCCGGCGGUGCAAUCUGCCUGUGCUACCUCAUACAGGAGCCGCGGAUACUCGGAUUCUCAGUUAACUCUACCAGAGUGGUCUCUCUCCCCACCGUUUGCCGGAUGAGAAAUGGAGAAGUCAUCGCGAACACCUCCCUUAAGCAUCUCUGUUCAGGAAACAUUACAUUGCCUCCACUGAAGAGCAUAACAGGUCCAGGGAUUUCAACUCCACACCUCCCGGGCGGGGAAGAUUCAGCCCCACCACCUCCUGUAAGUCUACCUCCUAAACCUGAUAAUAAAACAUCAGGACUACCCCGUGCAAAUGAUUCAUCUAUUCCACCUGCUGAUGAUAUUGAAUUUCCCGCCAUAACUACAACACAUACUCCACCUGCUGUUGCUGUUGAAUCUCCCACCAACAUGACAGUAACACCUACACGAAGUGCAUCUACAGUAGUAACAAUCUGUUUCUCUUGUCGCUACAAUUCCCUUGGGAUACCCCUUCUGCUUGUCAACAUGUUCAUAUAGUUUACCGAGGAUUUAGUUUCCACAAUAAAACAAUCGCUCGUGUAAUUCGUGUUUGAGGUAUAUAAGAGUUGUCAAAUAGGUCAGUAUAUCACUUGCUAUAUGUACUGUAUUUUCUUUUGUUUCUUGUAUCAAGCCUACCAUUUUCACUUUCCACAGCGUACAGUUCUUUUACUUCAUUCCAACAUAAGUAACUUUAAGACUGUAGAUUGAAAAUAGGAUGGUCCCGAUCGCCUGACCCACUCACGUGCUCAGCCACACCACUCAUCCCAAAGAACAUUACAUCUAUGCAUUAAUCUGUUCACCAUGCCAGGCAAGCUGCUCGUUAGGUGGCAAAUUUGCUCAGAUUCGUUAACAUAGGCAGCGUAAGUAUUCCAAGCAAGCCUUUCAAUUUGGAAAUUUGAUGAUCAUCACCUGGUGGAUGGAGAACUGGAGAAGUCAUGUUCCUUCCAGCCACAUCUUUAAUAGAAAUUAGAUGUAAUUACUCAUAACUCCA